UGGGGUGACACUGAGGUUUUUAUCCGUCUCAUUUUCGUCAAAGGGGCGUUUUUUGGUGCGUGUUCCAUUUCAGUAUAAGGACCAGCCGGAGUGUGUGUGAGUGUGUGUGCGUGUGUGUGCGCGCGCGCGUGUGUGAUGCUGAAGGUUUGUACUAGAGGAGAGAUGGACAGUGUGUGCGGGAUGAUGCUGUUCUUAUUCCUGUGAUUAUUAUCCCAUGAGCUCCAUCAUGAGCAGCUGCUGGUCCUGAAGGCACCAGAGCUUCUGGUUCUUGUGUGAUGCCAAACGCGGCUUGUGGAUGUUGACACGUCAUUAUUUGCUGCUCCAGGAGCUGUAAGCAGUGUGUAAGGCGCAGUGAGUGAGGCGGUGAUCAAUGCGGCAGAAUCACACAGAGAGGGCUGAGAUGGAGCAGGAGAAGCUCUGAAUUUUGUGCUGGUAAUAAAAUCCUGCACCUGUUCAGGUGUCCACCUGCGUGAGGUCACGGGGAGCGGCACGCGCGCACUGACCGGGUCUACAGAGCCGUGCACUGUUCUGAGCCUUUCGAGGUGGUUUAUUUUAUUUCACAGAGACAUUUGCGCACAAAACCCGCAGAGAUGCUCCCCGCGUCAGAAGCCGCAAAGAUCUACCAGACGAACUACGUGCGGAACUCACGCGCCAUCGGCGUGCUGUGGGCCAUCUUCACCGUGCUGUUCGCCAUCGUCACCGUGGUGUGCUUCAUCCAGCCCUACUGGAUCGGCGACGGCGCAGAGACCCCGCAGGUCGGCUACUUCGGCCUCUUCCACUACUGCAUCGGUAACGGCGUGGCGCGCGAGCUGACAUGCUACGGUACCUUCUCUGACUUCAGCUCCAUCCCGUCAGGAGCCUUCAAGGCCGCGUCCUUCUUCGUGGGCACCUCCAUGAUGCUGGUGCUCGCCUGCAUCGGCUGCUUCGCGCUCUUCUUCUUCUGCAGCACCGCCACCGUCUUCAAGAUCUGCGGCUGGAUGCAGCUCGCGGCAGGUACAUGCCUGGUCCUCGGCUGUCUGAUUUACCCUGACGGCUGGGACGCGGAGCAGGUGAAGCGGAUGUGCGGAGAGCAGACAGAUAAAUACACAAUCGGGAAGUGCUCGGUGCGCUGGGCCUACAUCCUGGCCAUCAUGGGCAUCCUGGACGCACUCAUUCUCUCCUUCCUCGCCUUUGUGCUGGGAAACCGGCAGGACGGCCUCAUGGGAGAUGAGCUGCUAGGAGACAAAAGUGGAAGUGCGUAGAGGUUCAGCUGGAGGAGAGUGACUCGAUCAGCUGAAAUAAAAGAAGUAAAGUUCUGUGAUCCAGUCACCUUCCGGCAUUUUACCCAGCAUCCUCUGGGGCUGGGCCUGUGUGUUUAGAGGGAAAUAAUGAAAGAUGUCCAGAUUUUGGAAGAAGAAAUGACUUUUCAUGGCUGUGAGGACUGGACCAGGCAGCUACACACACAAACACACACACGCACACACACACACACACACACACACACACACACACACAACCUGCUGUUUAGUUUGCUAGGAUCAGUGUCAGCACUUCCAUAUCUUUGUCUUUACAAACACACACACACACACACACACACACACACACACACAAACACACACACACACACACGCCCUUGAUAUAAACGUGUCCGUGUUUUGGAGUUUGUUCAUUAUUUUCGUGUUUAGUCGAUCAGACUGAACUCUCAAGGCGACGUGAAGAGACUGUUUCCAUGGUGACAGAGAACAGUGGAGGAUUUCGGGGAAGCCGCGGUGACCUCUGUGUCCUUUCAGAAGAAAAUGUCUACAUCAGUGGUGGCAGAGAAACCCCAGAGUGUGUAUUUCAGGUGAUUCUGUAGACAGAUGUGUGUCUGUGUUGUGAUCUUUAAGCGUUAAACAAAUCUACAAAGAGAAUUAAUCGUCCCUAAAGUUCGCUGUAUUUUGAGCAAAAUUUGAGAAAUUCUUCAGUAUUUUUCAAUCUGGAGAAAACAUCAACACUCGUCACAUUUAUUUUGCUUUUGGUGUAAACAGAGUCUUCGUCAUUUUUGUCUUAUAAAAAAAACACAGCUAUGUGCCAGCUAGCAGAACUCUGGUGCCUCGCCGCCAUGGUUCCGGUUGCCUAGCAACAGAGUUCACCACUGGCAGUGUGUCUUAGCAUGCUAGUUCAUAAGAGUAUGGAAUAGAGAGCAGGGGGGAGAUUUGAAACACACACACACACACACACACACACACACACACACACACACACACACACACACACACACACACAUUCUCAAAGGCACACACACAUAUACACAC